UUUAUUCAAUACGGAUCCCCUACGUGCCGGUUUUUGUAAUCAGUUGUGGAACUGUAAGUCAUACACAUAGUUCUAUACAAAAAAUACUUUUAGUAGACAAUAUUCUCUAAGAAUUGCUUGAGAUGAGUGCAAUGGAAGGUUUGGGCGUCUUCUGCAUGGCUGUAGUGGGAUUGCAGUUGGCUAGGUUCAUCCACAGAUUCUUCAACUUAGCCUUAUCCCCGAAACUUGGCUUGGGAUCUGUAAAGCUAAACUCUAUGGGAAAAUGGGCCGUUGUUACCGGCGCUACCGAUGGUUUGGGAAAAGCCUAUGCAGAGGCUUUGGCCAAGAAAGGAAUGGCUGUCGUCUUGAUCAGCAGAACUCAAGAAAAAUUGGACAAAGUCGCUAAAGAUAUUUCUGAUAAAUACAAUGUGGAGACAAAAACGAUUGCAGUAGAUUUCACACGAGGCCAGGAAAUAUAUCACGUCAUAGAAAAACAGUUGCAGGGGUUGGAAAUAGGGGUGUUGAUCAAUAACGUUGGCAUGAGCUACCCUAAUCCCGAAUACUUCCUCACCCCCGCCGAUGCCACCCUUUACGCGGACAUUAUAAGUUGCAACAUACAUUCUGUUAUUAAUAUGUGUAAGCUCGUCAUGCCGGAUAUGGCGGAGCGGAAGAAAGGGGUUGUGAUUAAUGUAUCCUCUUUAUCUGCGCAAAUUCCCAGUCCUCUAUUAACGAUUUACGGAGCGUCAAAGGCUUUCGUCGAUAAAUUCUCCAUAGAUUUGGGAGCGGAAUACGCCGAGCAUGGGAUUAUUGUGCAAAGCAUUCUCCCAGGAUACGUCGCUUCCAAGAUGUCUAAAAUCAGGAAGUCGAGUUGGAUGGCCCCGUCUCCGACCACAUACGUAAAUGAAGCUCUGAAAACCGUCGGAGUGCAAGACAGGACAAACGGUUAUCUAAUGCACACUGUACUGCUUUCGGUAGUUCAAAGUUUUGAUUAUAUUUCGCCUUCAAUCAGCAAGUGGAUUGUAAUGAGGGUCAUGGGUAAAAUCAGGCGUCGGGCGCUCAAACGCCAACACGAGAAAUAAUUUUAAGGUCUAUUUAAUAAAUGUACUCUGUUGAGUUUUA